CCUGGCAUUUGACAAGAUUUACGUUAAAUCAAAACAACAAGCCACAGCGCAUUCGUAGCAACAAAUUUGUGAAGUGAGUCCAGAAAAUGGAAAAAAUGGAACAAAUUCAGCUAGAAAAUGUAACCUUCAACGUACCGGAAGUGUUGUCUUGCAUUAGCAAAUAUCAGGAGCAUGUGCGAGACAUUGUAAAUUCCAACUACGUAGACUUCCUGUCGAUCAGCAAUCACGAUAUGUUGGAUGACCUGAAGUCGCUAGAGACGGAUAUAAAGGAACUCAUCGCUUCGACCAGCCAACUAACGGUGGACAAGUCCAAUGUAGCCUGGAACGAUCUGCGAAACUACCAACGCGAUCUCGAAGAGGGCAUACGGGGCUACAAGAUUGCCCGCAAGUUGCUUUCAAUUCACGACUUGUUUGAGAGCUUGAAUCUGUCUGGAAACGGAUACGAGAAGACAGCCCACAUCCUGACCAAGAUCAAAACGAUGUUGGAUGAGCUGGACGAUCCUGUGUUGGAAGAGCUACAUUUCUUCCAGGGUCUGAUUCUACGCCAUGAAACGGAAUACGAUAAGCUCCUGAACGAUCUGGAUGUCACUUUCAAUAAGCUGGUUCAGUUGCAGCAACGUUCUUUCCAAAAUACCAAAUCGGUGACGAUACGCAUUCAUAAGGAUGAAAACUUACUGUAUCAGGUGGUAGUAACGCAGUUGAAAACUCAACACAAUUUCGAGUCGGUCUGUCAAUUCCUAUUGGAAAACGUUUUUGCUCCCGUUAUUGUGAAACCUGUUUCACUGAUUUGUGAUGAAAAAUCGAAUGAGCAAAGCGUAUUAAUUCAACUCUCCUACCAGCUGUCGGUGGGAGAAGAUCUACGCCCCGGCUACAAGACCGUUCUGUCGAAUGUAAUGCAAAUCUUUUACAAUCUUAGCAACAUGAACAUCGUAGUGUCGGACGACGAAUGUUUGUUCAAGGUGCUUGCCCGGCAGAUGAAAAAGAGGCUGUGUUCCUUGCUGAUGGAGCAAUGUUUGGAUCGCGACAUCCCUGACACUAUUGAAGGAAUGAAGGAAUCUUCAAUGGUGAAGGACGUAUGCGAGUUCAAUACGUUCCUAAAAACGACCAACUUUGUAGAUGGCGAAAAUGACGAUUUACUGGAGGAAUAUGCCAAUUCGAUCGAAACAGUUCAUCAGAAAAAGCUUUGCGACAAUGUGCUUGACACGGCUGUGCAAAUAAUGAAACAUGAGAGCCAUGAAAUGGUGCUAAUCGAAGAUCACGAGUACCAGUUCGUCGGCAGUACUUCGGCCCGCCUCUCAAGCUGCAUGGUAACUCGUACGGUGGUGGAUCUGAAGAAAUUUUUAGACAAGGUGCUUGCGGAAGCAUUUGCUAACGGUGGAGCAGCGGACCGGUUCAUUCAAACGAUAGCCACCAUUCUGGAACGCUAUAUGGUAGACGUACCAAUGGCAAAUGAAAAGUUGCUCUUCAAGAUUCCUCAACAGUCGGCCCUGUUCCGAAAUGAUUGUACGUACUUGAAUUAUUGGCUCCAGAAAAAUGACGACAAACUGAAGGAUCACUCCUCAUUUGCAACCAUUUCGGAGGCAUUGAAGGCCUGCGGAGAAGAUAUAUUUCAGCAUCAGCUAAAUACCCAACGCACACAAAUGAUGCAAGCAUUGAACGGAUUUAAACUUUCCAUACAUUUGGUAGAGCUUGGCACCGACCAGCAACGCGCCGUCCGACAGUGUGUUCGUCAAUUCGAACUGCUGAAAAAUGUGUGGCAAACUGUGUUGCCCGAGUCCGUUUACAAACAGAGCUUGUCGGGAUUGGUGGACCAGUUCUUAAGAGAAAUCAUGAAAAGAAUUCAAAACCUCGAAGACAUUACAACCGCUAUCGGUAAUGGAUUGGUGCUGCUUAUCGACAUCAUAAUAGAGACGUUACCGAACCUGUUUAAGGAACCUAGCGAGAUUCACCAGCUCGUCAAACAGUGGACAAAGUUGCUGCAACUGCGACAAAUAUUGUGUGGCUCACUGGUGGAAAUCACGGAGUUGUGGGCCGAAGGCAAAGGUCCCCUUACAAUGUGUUUCAGCGCGGAAGAAAUCAAACAUAUGGUUCGAGCCCUGUUUCAGAAUACUAAACAGCGUCAGGCUUGCAUUGCUUCCAUCGUUUAG